UCUAGUUGCAAAAUUGGUAAGAUUUCUUUUGUCGUUCAGCCGCACUUCACAGGACCCAGCUACCUAGAGCACCCACCUAAGCCUAGAGUUUCUUGCACAUCCUGAGGGCACUACUCCAUGGACAAGAUGUCAUCAGCAGAUUUGAAUGCUGGGAAGAAAAAUGCAUACAUAGCAAUCAAAGUAGAUCCUGACAACGAUUACUGUACCCCAGGUGCAUUUGAAUUGGAGCGACUCUUCUGGAAAGGAUGCCCAAAGUACACUCAUGUCAAUGAAGUCUGGCCCAACCUCUACAUAGGAGAUGAGAAAACUGCGUUAGAUCGCUACAGCCUUGAGAAGGCAGGCUUCACCCACAUCCUCAAUGCGGCCCAUGGUCAGCGGAAUGUGGACACAGGACCAGAAUAUUAUCAUGACAUGACUGUGGAGUAUCAUGGAGUGGAAGCAGAUGAUCUCCCCACUUUCAAGCUCAGCCAGUUCUUUUACUCAGCUUCUAAAUUCAUUGAUAAUGCGCUUCAGGAUGAAAGAAACAAGGUUCUGGUUCACUGUGCUAUGGGUCGCAGCCGGUCAGCCACACUGGUCUUGGCUUACCUGAUGAUUUACAAGAACAUGACAGUAGUGGAUGCCAUUGAGCAAGUAUCAAGACACCGAUGCAUCUUGCCAAACCGGGGCUUCUUGAAGCAGCUGAGAGAACUGGACAUAGCGUUGGCACUGCAGAGGAGGAAUACCAAAACCAGCCUACCGUCUGACGAUGACAAGAACAGCACCAUGAUCUAGUAUUGUUUCUGGCAGGGUUGUGCUACUGGGAAAGAAACUCCUUAAAAGGAGGGGAGGGGAAGGUGUAGUUAAUUACACAGUCACAGGGAUCAUUUGUUAUUUGGAAGGAAAACCAAAGUCAUUUCAAAUGCUGUCAAGAUGAGAAAGAACGGAAGCCAAAUUUAAAACCCAUCAUCUUAGAGUGUUCCAGCCUUAGCAGAAUUCUUUGUUACAUCCACAAAUAAAUUUUUAUCUCUGUAAAAAAGCUUUUAUAACACAGAAGCAGGCACAACUUAAAGAAAACCCUCUUCUAGCAGAGUACCCCCAAACUCCUGAUCCUAACCAAAGCACAUGGCCUUUAAAAGAGUAGAGCUAGGCAUUCCUAAAGGAAUUUUGCAGUAAAAACACUGAGAUGGUAGCAGCACAAAUGUUUAGUCCCAGAGUUCUGAAGGAUUUUGCAGGAGUUUGCCUUUUUGUGCUGUUUCCUGGCAUCUCCAUUUCUUCUUUCACAGUAAUAAUCUAGGGCAGCACAGCAUUUAGAGAGCCUCUACCCAGUCUUUACAAAGGAUUUUGCAGCAGACCAUGCAAACUCAAAACAAAGCAAGACCCUUGAGAAGGUCAGAUGCAUAUGCAACUAUAACGGACAAUUCAAGGAAGCACAUACACAUGACAUUUUAGCAGUUCCAGUUUUAACUUGUUUUUCCUAAAUGCUUCAAUUGCCUGAACUUUAAAAGGUCCUAUACAUACAGUAUCCAAAUCAAUUUACUAGUCCACAAAAAAAAAAACCCGACUGAGAAAAUUGUGUGUUGUGACUUGUUUUCCUGCACUUGGAAAAACUAACAGCUAGAACAAUAAAGAAAAAUAGGAUGUUCUUUAUGUUGCUAAGAGGAAGGUCAACACUGAACUUGUGCAGCCCUAAUAACCCCCUAAAUAACCAUGGAUUACAACCAGUUCUAAUGAGAUUUUAGUUUUGAUUAAAAAGGCAAGAGACACAGAUAAAGCCUUUAAAAAGUAUCUCACCAGGAGAUAAAAUUAAAAACCUUUAAAAAAUAACCAGGAGAAAGCUGCUGCUGUGCUUCCAGACACCACUGUUCACAUUUACUACUACCACAUUUCCUGUCUCAGCUUUAGUCACCUUAAUACAUUACUGUCCUCCAAUACAGUUGCCAAUAAUUGUAUUUGUUGACAGAAGUAGUCCAAAUACACAAAUGGGGACACCAGAUCUACUUUUCUGCCUAACUUAUUCAAUUUACUCGAUACAAAUUAUCAGUAACUGUGUUUUGACACAAUGAGAGUUUUGCCACCUCAGCAGUAUUUGAUAUUCUUAAAAUAUACUGUAGAGCAGGGUAACAAUUAAGCCAUGCUUACCUUUUCUGCAUCUGCAAAAAGACCAAGUCAUUGCUCUCUCCACUGGAAUUUUGCCUAAUUCAAUGUUAUCAGGCAAGAGCUAUUUAUUGCCUCAGUGCCUGAGAGGAAUGACCUAGCCACUGAGAGCACCCGAGAGUUCUCUUGGUCUUUACCAGCUAACAAAGACUUUGUAACUUUGGCGCAGUAUGGACUGUAGCAGUCUUGGAUACUUUAAAAAAAAAAAAAAAAAAAAGGGAAAA